GACCCCCGACUUGCCUGAACCGGAGCCGCUUGGUAGCUGCAAAGCGGGGCGAGGAGAAGGCGGGGGCGCUGCAUGCAGCGCGCUGGCUCCAGCGGCGCCCGCAGGGAAUGUGACAUCAGCGGCGCCCAGCGCUUGCGGCUGGAGGAGGCAGCUUGCCUGGGCUGCGCUGUGCACACCUCACCCGGGGGAGGACGCGGACCCGGGCAGGCGGCCGGGAUGUCGGCGAAGGAGAGGCCAAAGGGUAAAGUGAUCAAGGACAGCGUCACCCUUCUGCCCUGCUUUUAUUUUGUGGAGUUACCUAUAUUGGCAUCAUCAGUGGUUAGCCUCUACUUCCUCGAGCUCACCGAUGUCUUCAAGCCUGUGCACUCUGGAUUUAGCUGCUAUGAUCGGAGUCUUAGCAUGCCAUACAUUGAACCAACCCAGGAGGCAAUUCCAUUCCUCAUGCUGCUUAGCUUGGCUUUUGCUGCACCUGCAAUCACGAUCAUGGUAGGGGAAGGAAUUCUCUACUGUUGCCUGUCCAAAAGAAGAAAUGGGGUUGGACUGGAGCCUAAUAUUAAUGCUGGAGGCUGCAAUUUCAACUCUUUCCUUCGAAGAGCCGUCAGAUUUGUUGGUGUUCAUGUAUUUGGACUGUGUUCUACAGCUCUCAUUACAGAUAUCAUACAACUAUCCACAGGAUAUCAGGCACCAUAUUUUCUGACUGUUUGCAAACCCAACUACACCUCUCUUAAUGUGUCCUGCAAAGAGAAUUCCUACGUUGUGGAAGAUAUUUGCUCUGGAUCUGACCUUACAGUGAUCAACAGUGGCAGGAAAUCAUUCCCUUCUCAACAUGCAACCCUCGCUGCCUUUGCAGCUGUCUAUGUUUCGAUGUACUUCAAUUCCACAUUAACGGAUUCCUCUAAGCUUCUGAAACCUCUCUUGGUCUUCACAUUUAUCAUCUGCGGAAUCAUCUGCGGGCUAACACGGAUAACUCAGUAUAAGAACCAUCCAGUGGAUGUCUAUUGUGGCUUUUUAAUAGGAGGAGGAAUAGCACUGUACCUGGGCCUGUAUGCUGUGGGUAACUUCCUGCCUAGUGAAGACAGUAUGUUUCAGCACAGAGAAGCCCUCAGGUCUCUGACAGAUCUCAAUCAAGACCCCAGUCGAGUGUUAGCAGCUAAAAAUGGUAGCAGCAGUGAUGGGAUUGCUCACACAGAGGGUAUUCUCAACCGAAACCACCGAGAUGCUAGCUCCUUGACAAACCUUAAAAGAGCCAAUGCUGACGUGGAAAUCAUCACUCCACGGAGCCCCAUGGGGAAGGAGAACAUGGUCACCUUCAGCAACACUCUGCCGAGAGCCAGCACUCCAUCGGUGGAAGACCCUGUCAGGAGAAAUGCCUCCAUUCACGCAUCCAUGGAUUCCGCUCGCUCAAAGCAACUCCUCACCCAAUGGAAAAACAAAAAUGAAAGCCGGAAGAUGUCCCUACAAGUUAUGGAGAGUGAGCCUGGACAGUCCCCUCCCCGAUCCAUUGAAAUGAGGUCAAACUCGGAGCCAAGGGUGGGGGUCAACGGAGACCAUCACGGUCCUGGCAAUCAAUAUCUCAAGAUCCAGUCUGGCACGGUGCCCAGCUGCAACAACAGCAUGCCUGGAGGGCCCAGAGUGUCCAUUCAGUCCCGCCCUGGAUCCUCUCAGUUGGUGCACAUCCCUGAAGAGACACACGAAAAUAUAAGCACUUCCCCCAAGAGCAGUUCUGCCAGGGCCAAGUGGUUGAAAGCUGCUGAAAAGACCGUGGCCUGCAACAGAAGCAACAGCCAGCCCCGCAUCAUGCAAGUCAUAGCCAUGUCCAAGCAACAGGGCGUCCUCCAGAGCAGUCCAAAGAACACCGACGGCAGUACUGUCUCCUGCACUGGCUCCAUCCGCUACAAAACUUUGACAGAUCACGAACCCAGCGGGAUCGUGAGGGUUGAGGCUCACCCAGAGAACAAUAGGCCCAUCAUCCAGAUUCCGUCCACUGAAGGGGAAGGCAGUGGCUCCUGGAAAUGGAAGGCCCCAGAGAAGGGCAGCCUUCGCCAAACAUAUGAGCUCAACGAUCUCAACAGAGACUCAGAAAGCUGUGAAUCCCUGAAAGAUAGUUUCGGUUCUGGAGAUCGCAAGAGAAGCAACAUUGACACCAACGAGCAUCACCACCAUGGCAUCACCACCAUUCGUGUCACUCCGGUGGAGGGCAGUGAAAUUGGCUCAGAGACACUGUCCGUUUCUUCUUCACGUGAUUCCACCCUUCGGAGAAAGGGCAACAUCAUCUUAAUCCCCGAGAGAAGCAAUAGCCCUGAAAACACUAGGAAUAUCUUCUACAAAGGAACCUCCCCAACACGGGCCUAUAAGGAUUGAGUGAUGGUGACUGUUCAAUCCUUGGGGUCAUCCCCAAAGACCAUGUGUGAAUCCUACCUGAGCUUUAUUUCAGAGGAGUGGGAAGCCUUGUCACCAAACCCGAUCGUGCACCAUCAGCCCGGAACUCUGUAACUCUUUUGAGGUCUGCUACACUGACCUUGUAGAUUUUACAUUAAGGGGAGGGAAAAGCACAAUGCAAGAACCUAACCAAUGUGAUCAUCUGAAGAGUGGUUUUAUGACCUGUCAUCAAACGCAAAAGAUUUUGCAGAGGACAGUAUCAAAAGAAAACGGUUUCCUUCAAUGUAUACUAUUUUACUUCCUGAUUGUGCCAACUUUGGGGAUUUUUCUUGAUUAUUAGCUGUGGGAAUCCAGAACACACAGGUUUCCCCUGCAGCAGAGGCCAUGCAGUAUUAUAUAUUCAUUUUUUGCAGAAUCUGCACCAAAAGCUCAGUAUGCGAGGUGCUGAUGACUAUAGUACAUAUAUCAUGUAAACUCUCGAACUCUAUUUAACUGUGAAGUAGUGGUGUGCAAUUCCUUGUCAAAGAAAUACUACUUUAUUAAGAAGAUACUGGCUACUUUGUGUUAGAAUAGGACACCCUGCAGCCUCCUUGUAGUGUGGCUCUGUCACAGUCAAAAGAUGAAAGGGUUCUUGUGCAUUUCUUCAAAAUUAUGCUUUUUUCAGCAUCAAAAAUCAUGAAGGAUAUUUUCAGUGAAAGGGAAUAACUAGUACUUUCCUGCAUAGUUUUUCUGCUGCUGUUUAUUUCAACAUAGGCACUGCAAAUAAGGAGUCAGUUUUAGUGAGUACAUUUGCAUAAUUUAAAUAUUAUUUUAGAGACUCUUGAGAUUAUUCUGAUCACAUUUGCAUUUUGUAGCUUCUCCUUUGUUUACUGAUUUAAAAUUGUUUUGAUGUUUUAUAUACACAUAUUCUCCUAUUUCUAAAGCAAAAACUAAAAUUGACAUUUCUUGAAUGAAAUAUAUUGCUGUGAAUUUAUAAAUGGAAAAUCUGAGCCAAAUUUGGCAUUGUGGAUUACAUUGCCGGAAAUAUCGGUCAAGUAUACCUUUAGAUGUGUCUAAAACGUGGACUUAGGUUUUCAUUACAGACAGUAAUCCAAAAAUUUCAUUUGGUUCCAGAUUAUUAAGUGCAAUACAGUGAGUUAAAUUUCUAGCGAGUCUUAACCUUUUGGCUGAAGUAUUUUUGAUAAUUGGACAUAAAAAAGGAAGAUCAGAAAAAUUAAAAUUGGUAACUAAAAUAUAUUAUAGUAUAACAAAAGAAUGCAUUUCUUCAAAAUAUAUGAAUAGGCACAGUUUUAGCGCCUAACUUGCAAACAAUAGUUUUUGCUUUUUAUCUUGAAUUAAACUUUGAGCCUAAAUCAAAGGAAACCAAUACUGUCAAUUACAAAGACACAGAAAUAAAACAUUUCGAAGUGCUUUCCAGUUUCAGUGUUUAAAGUAUGAUACUUGGUUCUUGGCAUUUGGUAUUAAACCUUUUCUACUCCAUUUCUUAAGAAUUCUAAAAUACACUUGUUCAUUGCCAAGCUGGUAACACUAGGAAAUAGUAGAGCUGGUUGAUCUGAGUUCCAAUUUUCAAAGAAAACAGAUGGAGUUGUUUGGAGAUGAAUCACAUCAUUAUCAGUUUCUACAUGAAAAGGGCAGAGCUUUUUAAGAGCAAUCAAUCUCCUAAGGCAUUCAGAAUUCAGCUGAAACCAGCAGAAUUGUAAACUCUGGCAAUAAAACACAGACUCAACUGAUAUCCCUUCUGGCAAUUUCCUUCUCAGAGAGGCAAGUGGGAGUAAAACGUUGCCUUCCCCACUUCUAACCACCACCACCACCACAUCGUGACACUCCUACUGACUGGUUACUGCCAGUUUAUAGAGGGAAGGUGGACUGGUUUUAGCACUCUGAAGAAAAAAUUAAAAAGCUGCAACAUUUCAGGUGCAGAAUGACAUUUACUAGUCUUUCCUAUUUCUUAAUAAAAGAUUUUAAAGUAUUCUCUGGUCAUUAAAGUUUUUUUCUUUACAUAAAUAUUGAUAUAUUCUUUUUCUACUCAAAGUGCCAAAGGCUACAGUUUUUAAAUACUUAAAUUGUACCACAUUGUUAAGGAAAUAUCAUGAUAGACACUAGAAUUCAGAACUCUGCAUGUAUAUUUGAUAACACAUCUUUUGUAUAAAAAAGUUACAAAAAUUGUUUACAUUCCACUGGUACCUUAAUUUAAAAUAAAUCAGACUAACAAGUGGUAUCUCUUCUUAGUGUUCUAUUUAUCUUAUUUGCUAAUGGGAGCACUUUUUCCUUUGUUAGGCUGUGCUUUAUGGAUAAAACCAAGUAUUGAAUAA